AAGAGGAGGUCAAUUAUAGAAACCCACUGUAGUGGUUCGUGUUGGUCUAGUAAACAUGCCGGAGGAACAACUUGAAGCCAUUGUUUUAUAAGUGCAUCGAACCAAUCAGAUGACAGAAAUGAAGUAGUCUAUUUGUAUGCGAAUAUAUGACGCACUUGAGAAAAUUAAGGAGGUUCAUAACAUAUAAUCAUAAGAGCUUUUUACUGCGAAGCAUUUAUUCAUAAGCUGCUCAGUCUCCGAUGAAUAUUGUCUACUUGUGAUACAUUAGCGCUCUUCUGACGAUUUCGAAAUUCAAAAUGUCUCACGGCGGUCAUUCGCACGGUGGGGACGGAAUGCACGGCGGUGAAUCCAUGGAUCAUCACGGAGGAAGCUCAAACCACGGUGAUCAUAGCGGGGAAAUGGCCGGGCAUGUGGUAAGGAGUUAUCAACGGCUAGCUUUUACUUCAUAUUGUUAAACUACUUUCUUAAAAAUUUUCUCAAACAAUUUCAAUUUGAUAAGCCAGGUCCUCCGAGAAAGAGCCUUACUGAAAAUAAUGAGGCCACUGCUGUGUUUGCGCUUUUCAUAUAAUGUCUAAAUUGCUAUAUAAUACGGAGAUUCUCGGUUUCGUGAGCACUGAAGAGAAAAUAGACUUCACCCGGUUGAAGGAACUAUUUCAAAGAAGGUCAUCACAGUUUCAUCACAAGAUCUAAAUAGCUGUUACUUUAUUCCUGCUGCUCCUUUUGGACUUAUUCCGGAACGCACAAUCACAAGUUAGUUUCAUGCGUAAUUUCUUUACUUCAUUUCUAUUGGGAAUAUUUCCACACGCUAGCAUGGACAUAAUAAAGUGAUCGUUACCUCUGCGACCACUUCUUUCAUUUCUAAGUUAGAGGUUUGUCUUUAACCGACCCUUAUUGAAGUCCUGCUGCUCUGAAAUGGCGCAUAAAAAAAGCUUCCUACUUCUCUGAAAGUACAAAUACUAGAAAAGCAGUUGUGACGCGAAAAGAGAGGUCGAUAUCAGGAAAGUUUAGUAUGCGAGAAAGAGGAAGCGUAUAUCAAAAUCGGGGUAAAAAAUAAACCUCUCGUAUCAAGUAUGGCUGUUUUAUAUUACUAUUUUUGUGCACGCUUAUAUAGAACAAAGUUGUUUGGUUAGCUGCCAUACUCCAGUUUUUGUUUGAAGGGUUUUUUGUUCUUGUUUAAUAGCCCAUUCCUCCGUUUACAGUGUUUUAAGUAUAUUACUAAUGACUUGAUAACCUUGUAGUAGAAAACAUACUUUUUUUUAAAUAGAUCAAGGAAAGGAUCCUCAAAUCAAUCCAUUUUGUUUAACAAUGUUUAUGUUUUCUGACAAGAGAAUUUCGAAAGUUAACAAGGCCACUCGUUUGCCAAAGUAUUUUGUCGAAAACAAUAUGCGAGUGAAGACCUCGUUGGUCUACAAAGGCAAAAAGAUAAUUAAGACGUAAAAGCCAAUAUGAAUGCCUUUCGUGUAAAUUGUAAAUGAACAAAUUACAUUUAAUCAGAACAAGAUCAGGCUUGUUAAAAAACAAAGACUUGAAUGAACUAUUCGACGCAAAGUGUGAAGACACAAACCAUUGUUUCUGAGGGUUUGUGAGAGAGGUACGUUGAUAAUUGCAGCGCGAUUCUGACAUAGCUAAUCUACAAAGAUUUUAAUUCCAAAUAUUGGUGAUUGUUUGUUAAAAUAUAUAUCGCCCACGAAACCGGAACAACGCAAUAUAUUUUUAAAAAUAGGCACGUACUUGCGAUAGAAACUUUGUUUUGUUUGUGGCGGUCAUCUGGUCAGUCUGAUACGUGCUUCAAUGGAUGACCUAACUCGGUUAAACAAUCCCCCCGGGGCAUCGAUAUUUAAAUUAGUUACGCAUUCAAUAACUGAGCAGUUAUUAUGUAGGAAGCAGGAAUGAGCAGAAGCGCAAAAAUCUUCCGUUAUUACGAACAUAACCAACCAGUUUAAUUAGAAUGGUUCUGUUCUCUUUAGUUGUUUUGUUUGAAAUGCACCAUGGAGCUGCACUGGAAAUAUGGAAAAGUUGUUAGAGGUGUAUAUCAAGGUGCUUUCCCAGCUCGAUACUUGGCAAGUCGGUUCUUAUUCAGAACUAUGAAAUUUCAAAAAACUUCCUAAUUUCUCCCUGCUCUUUUUGUUUCCUUUCUUGUUUGUUUGUUUUCCGAGGGUACUUUGGUGUGACGUACUAUUUACAAAACUGAUAUUGGCGACCGUAAAAAAAAGCAUUUUUUCUUGUUGUUUUCCCACUUCUAGACAGGAAUGCAAUCUGUCGGACACUUUGUGGUGUAUAAAGCUUCACUCUUUUCCUGUCUUGGUUUCCUCUCGAACCGAUCACACCAAAGUGUUGAGUCAGAUCCACUCAGUUUUGACACACAAAACGUUUUUUCCGUCACUCUACAAACACUUGAUCAUUAAGGCACCACAGUGUUAAGAGGGCUUGAAAGUGGGAGGCUGGACAAGACACUUUGAGCUAUAGUUAUUUAUAUAUGCUCAGCUGAACUAUACACCCAUUUCGAUUGGUUAUUACUCAUGAUCUACUAAAGGACAGUCCCAUAGAUGACGUCAGCAUUAAAAACCUUUUGCUUUUUCGUCAUAUAAGACAAAUAGUUUUCAUGUUAAUGCCGAGCGUCUGUUCAGUAAUAGAUGAAAGUAGUCAAAAUGCGGUAAGAACACCAGUGACCCACUUGGCUGAACUUCACGUACCACUGUUUUGUUCUCACCACAUUUUGACGCCAUCUGUGAUCUGGACCGAUGUUUAUUUUCUGUUCACCCCAAUCUUGUUUCUUAUAUUCCCUCUCCCUAUGACAAAGGUCAAUCAAGCCACGAAAACAAGUCACAUAUUUCAAUUCCAACGUCCACUCUGGUAGACAGUUGGCAUUUAAUUGUCUUUGAAUAUUUCAAGUAUAAGUUUUGCUUCCAUUUUAAGAUGAUGUUCCAUCUCAGGAGAGACCUCAGUGUCUUGUUUGAACAUUGGGAAAUCACUUCAACGAAAGGUAAGUAUAUUGAUAAGCAAUGAAACGAUUGUGAAAGUGAUAAAUCUACGAUAGAGUUUCUAGGUCGAUAUCACUCUUAAUACACCAACAACAUGAUCUCGGUGCAAACGGGAUGAUAUAUACUUCAGAUUAUUCCAAUGUUCCUAAGUUUCCGAGUUAAAAUGAAAGCUUGAAUAAAACUUAAGAAAUACUUGAGGGAAUUGCUGCGUAAAGUAGAAAAACGAAUGUGAAGACAUCAAAUUCUCUACUGGAUCCUAAGAUGAGCAUGUUCAAGUUCUGUUAAUGUUAUAUUUCCACUCGUCACUGAUGGCAUAUGCGCUCAACUCAUGAACAAAAAGCUUUAUUUUGGUGGCCUUAUAACUGAAAUCCACAAAAGUAAAGAGGGUAGUUGUACAUUACGCAGGCCUUCGUUCUAACAAGGCGAUGGACCAGUGCUUACACUCCCCAUUUCUUUCCCUUCCCAAUUACAGUGUUGAUUGGCUCAUGUGUUGCAGUAUUUUUCCUGGCUGUACUCUAUGAAGGCCUAAAAAUCUUCAGAACAAGGCUGAUGCAUACACAUAGCAGAGAUGCGAGGGAAAGCAGUCGUGGAAAAGACAUCACAUACUGUGGGAAAACUCGACGGGGUUGCAGGUGAGACGGUGAUUUGCUGGUGUGAAUUUGUAUUUCGUGCCGAUUGGAUUUUCAUCACAAGGUUGGGGAGGGGGGAAUAAAGAAUGCACAAUAAUACUAAAUUUUCUGUCGUUAUUAGACAGAACAUGUGCACAUGCCAUAAUUUGGUGCAAACCAUAAUGCACGUCGUGCAAGUAGUGCUGGGAUACCUCCUCAUGCUGGUAGUUAUGACGUUUCAAGUGUACCUUGGGGUUGCUGUCAUAGUCGGAGCAGGCCUGGGCUACUUUCUGUUCGCAGGAUUCGCUCCUGAGAACAAUCCCAAGGAAGCAGAGUCUUCUGCAAAUUCCGGACAUGGGAGUCCCGCCAUGAUGGUAAAAGUGACCAAUUUAGACGAGAUAAGGAGUCAACAGUCUAUGGAAAACCUAAGUUUUAAUAAUUUGGCCAUUAAAAAUAGUGCGUUUGAUGGCGGAAAUAUUGAAGGUGAAAAGUAAUUUUUUGACAAAGUCUGAGAAUAGUCAGAAUUUGUGCUUUGGAAAUUCAUUAAACUGAGAAGACCUUGAUAGUAUAUAGAUUAUUAAUUACUCAGACAUACAGAAUUAAUAUAAUUAUUUUUCAGAAACAAGAAAAGCCGGAAUAGACUCAUGUUCUGUAUGCGUAACAUAAUAUCAUUAAAUUGGAAAAAAAAAAGGUCGAAAACAGCU